UCAUUUCCCUUUCUCCUUCUGUAGCUCUCUCUCACGGCUUCUCUCCCUCGUGCUCUUCUUGCUGCAGGAGCAGCCGUGGACGCCGUGUCGCAAGCAGCAGCCGCCGCCGGCUUCCUCCGUCCCGUCCCAAAUACUGAACCUGGAGCCCCGAUGCCCGCCUCUCUGCCUCGCAGGAGUCACCACCGUGUUGUGUUGCUGGACAGGAGCCGAGCCGUCACCGUCCCGUCGUCAGACCCCCAUCCAUGCAGCUCCUCGCCGUUGUCAACUUCCGGCGCUCUGCCAACGAGAGUUCCGGCCUCUGCUUUGAGCAGAGGAGGACGCCCGCGUCUCGCCACACCUCGACGCCGGCGCGCCUCCACAGCUACACCGGCCAGAACCUUACCUGGGAGCCCCGUCCCCGAUCCCUUCUUCAAGCAUGGCCGCCGCCCGUCUUCUUUAGGCACGAGCUCCAUCGGGUCCGCCUCCCUGCUGUUGGAGCCCCACAACCCCAGCGCUUCGGACGAACCAGGGACGAACGCCUCGCUGGAGCUCUGCAGGGGCUCAUCGCGCGCCGACCGUCCCGAGCUCCAAUCCGCGACUCCCCUUGCUGGAUUUGAACCCAGGCACCUCCCCGCGCUCAGUUCCGCCCGUUCCGGCCGGUUCCCGUCGACCCUGUCGCCAAGACCCUUGCCGUUGUCUUCUCCAUUGCCAUGGCUCUGCUCCUGUUCUGUUUCUUCAGGAACGAGAACAGCAGUAGCUCGUCUCGCAAGCGUCGACCGAGGAGAGGGCUAGCAGGCCCAGGUGCGCCCCCUGCUGGCCUCCCCUCUCCACCAGCCGUGCCUUGGCCCAUGUGUGCAGCGCCCAGCCCCUAUCCUGUAUUUGUUGGGCUAGGUGGUUUCAGCCCAUGGACAUAUUUUUUUCCCCUGAACGAAUUUGUCUUUUAUUCCAGAGAACCCUAUUUUGCAGAAAAGUCCCUCAACAACAUGCAUAUAAUAACUCACAAUUCGUGCAUCGGUUUAAAACAAUUUAUAUAUGAAAUAUGCUUAGUUUUCCAUAUAGUUUCAUAAUAUGUCAUUUUCA